GUCGUUGACAAGUCACAUUCAACAACCAGUAACCCGGACUGUUCUAUGAGUCGAUAACUGUAGCCAUGGCAGACAGUUUCCCUGGCCUGGGGCGCGAAGUGGAGCGCCUAGUGACGGCUCCAUAUGCACCCUCUCUCCAGGACCUCCAUGGACUGGUUCAAGACUCUUCCCCAGCUUCAUUGUCUUCGUGGGCCUUGUACAAGCCUUGUCAGGUUGGAGCCUUGGCUGAUAUCCUUGUUGACGGUCUAUUUCGUUCCAACUUCGCUUUGGGUCUCAUUGGAGCUUUUGCACGUCUUGAGGCUUUUCGCAAUGCUUUACUCGAGCGCUAUCCCUACAUCUUGGAUCAAUUUCUUCAGAGGUCCAUUCAAAAUGGCGAAACCCAGUACAUCUCUAUUUGCGUUGCAAUGCUGUCUACGCCUCUUCCGUCCAACUUCGUUGUACCCGCGUGUCUGGCAUCCUUUAUCACCCAUCUGAUUAGCUCCAUUGGCGAGAACCCCUGCGCGGAGACUGUACUACCUCUUUAUCAGCUAAUGACUGGCCUUCGGACCCAUCCGCGAGUACUCCUCGAGGUUCCCUCAGAGAUAAUGUCUAACCUUCAAGUCGAGUUAACAAAAACACUUCGCAACCUCGAUGACCACACAGGAAAUCUCCUUUGCCUGGCAACUUUCGCGCAAAUUGCAUCUUCAAAAAUUGCCCAAGUGGACAACGGACAUGAACAGUGCCCACCGUGGCUGCAGAAUGUAAAACAUUUCUUUGGCCCCAAACGAGGCCUGAAGACCUUGGAUCUUGUGGUUUUGCGGGUUAUACUUGCUUGCUCUGCCAGCUGCAAUAGUUUGACUACAGAACAGGCAUCAGAGAGUAUUCGGCUAGCCAUCGAAAUCUGUGACAUUGUAGAACCGGGGCAAAGAGAGUGCUGGAUUGCUGCGAAUUCCACCAAAAUUGCCAAACUUUGCGAAAAGGUGACGAGAUCUGGUAUUGACCGGGGAGUACAGAUCCUGGGCGUAACCUUCCUGAUUUCCCUUCUUCCAGCUUCGGCUUUGCCUCAUGGCAUCACCGGAAUGGCUCCCCAAUGGCUCCUCGCCGAGGACAGUGCUCGCGUACUCGAAAUUUUGCCAUUGACUUACAUUUCUCGACUGGUGGAGACAAAUAUGGCCUCCUCAGGACAUGCGAUCGCAGGCAGGCUGCUUGACUACGUAUUCCGCGUAUCUCAGCCAAACCACACAGCAGGAACUCAAAGUAUAACCACAACUCAGAUCGCAAGGUCAAUUCUCAAUGGGCUUCAAGGUCUAGAACCCCAGCUCUUCAGCUCCACAGUUGCUGAGGUGGCGGUUCAAAAGUGCCGCGAAAACAUCGGUGGGCUAGUUGAAAGCUCCCCUCGGCGCUGUUCUGUCACAGGCUGCCAGGACUCGAAUAUCUGUCAAGCUUCGGUGGUGCAACAAGAAAAUGACUUGCUCAAUGAGAUAUUCAGCUUUUAUCUUCGGUCGGCUCUUUCAUUGAAACCGAAUGACCAGGCUUCGUAUAUACCGGAGAUGGAUACCUUUGCGUUGUUCAUAUCCAGAGCCAGUGGAGCUGCGCCCGAUAACAAGUGCCAAUUUUGGGGAACGAAGCCCCUUGAGUUCCGCGACGCCUUUUCAUCUCUGAAGAUCCAUGACGAAUCACCGAGUCUGAGGCAAGACUGGCGGACUGGGAUAAGUGAAACCCUUAUGCGGAAUUCUCGUGCUAUGCACGAUGAUAUGGUGCAAAAUAUUGAAAAUAUCUGUUAUGACCUCGAAAAACGGUGCAAUGAUGUUGAGGCCCCGUUGAGAGCAGUUGAGGAGGAGCGCAAUAGGCUGUCCAUUCAAGCAGAGGAGCUGAACUCCCACAAUAAAGAGCUAUGUUCACAGCUACAGCAGGCAUCUGGGACCAUCUAUGAACUUCGACAAAAUAUUUCUCGCCUGGAGUCUCAGGGAGAAGCUGCGUCUGAUCGCAUCGACAAACUGUCAGCAAGUCUUGAAGCUGCACGGAAAGAGCUCAACGACCAGCGACUCGAAUCACAAGAAUCCGCUAACAGUGAUCGCGAACAAGCAAGGUCCAGAGAACUGGAUCUGAUUGCUUCUUUGACCGAAAAGGAGGAACAAUUGGAAGAUCUGCAAGAACGGUUCCGAGGGGAGCUGAACGAGAAUGGUAGAUUGACGGAAAUACUAGAUGAGAUGACAAAGGAACAUUCUUACUCCCUGGAGUUGAAGGAUUCUUUAGAGCAAGAGCUCACCAGACUGUACGACGAAACGAAAAGGCAAAUGGAAGAGGCCGAGGAAAUGUUAUCUCAGAAGGAGGCGGAAAAUGAGCUUCUUCUGGCAGCUAAAAGAGAAGCCGAGGAUAGGGAAGAAGCGCUGCAGAAUAAGUUAUCUCAAGAGGCUCUGGAAUCGAGUCGGCUACAAUCCGCUCUCGAGCAAUUGGAGGAAAGCUACAAGACAGACUUACAAACCCUCCAUGAAUUCUCUCAGACACGGAUUUCAAACAUAGCGGCGGAGUCCGAAAAACAAAGAGAAGAGAUUGUUUCUCUUCAGGCCGACAUGCAAGCAUCCGCUUCUAGCGCCAGCAAAGAACUUCACACAAGAGACAAGAAAAUCCAGCACCUAGAAAAGAAGAUACAACAUAUGCGAGAUGAACGAGCAGCCAAAUCACGAGAAUUCUCCGAAGCGCAGCAACAUAUUGGCCGGUUAAUGACUGUGAUGGGCUUCAAACCUGAUCCUGCAAGUUCGAAGCCUUCCGGUAAGCAGCAGCGGUCCAGACCAACUUCGGGCCCAUCCCAGGAUGCCACGGAGGAGAUGCAAACGCACUCGGAGGGUGAGGGUACACAAACCCCACACAACCGAGACAUGGAGUCGUCCGACCCCAAUGCAACUCCACCUGGAGAGCGCAGUCCCAAAAGACCGCGGGAUCUUGCCUUUUCUUCGACCGAAUCGCCAACUCUUUCUCGCACUUCUGGAAAGAAGUCAAGGGAAUCGGUCUCUCGGCGCGGUACACAACAGCCCCGAGACCGGAAAGUCCUAGAAGAUGCAACCCAAAAUAGCCAACCGGUUACUCAAGCCGACAGCAUACCCUGCUCCAGUCAGCGAGAUAGUUUCAAAGAUGGUCGGACCGGCGGUGUUACUGAUGAGAAUCAUUUACAGGAAAUUGAUCUCGACAUGGAUUUGGAGUUUUCCAAGGACUUCCUGUUUACAAGCACUUCCGUGUCGGAGGCGAAUGACCAUAAACUUCCGCCAGGGACCCAGAGAUAAGGGUUUGUGGAUUGAUUGCUGGAAUUAAUGAGUAACGAUUGUUUUGAUUAUUGUUUAGCUUUAUGCUAAUACUUAGUGGAUCGAAUUACGAAUAUACUUUUU